AUGAAUGUUCUUUCAGGUCUUCCAAUAAACGGUUCAACGACGAAUCAAAAUCAGACCACGAACGCCAUUCCAAACGUCAAUCAUUUGCUGUUGUCGUUGCUACAACAUCAACAGCAACAACAGGCUUUGGCCGCCGCCACACAAGCUGCACAGCAACAGGCAGUUGCAGUUCAGGCGGUCCAACAGCAGUCGAAUGGCGACGGCGGGUGGCGAGCGGGCGAUGUGGGCGCCACGCUAAGGGGCAUUCAGGGUUUAUUGCCCACACAAAUGCCCACACCAGGCAAUCACCACAGCGAUCCAAUGAACGGUCCACCGUGCAAGGCUUGCACAGAGUGUCGACAGCUAAGAAAAGAGUUUCAUGAACUACGGCAACAAGUGUUGAGCUGGUUAUGGCUGGGAAAGACUCUUCAUGGGAAUGAGCCGACUACUUCAACCCCAUCUCUAAACCCAUCAAUUCCAAACGGAAAUGAUGCCCUGUCAGCAUUGGCCAAUCUCCCCACAGGCAUCGCUCAAUCCAGGAAGAGACCUGCCUCGACGAAUCAACCCGAAUGCCCCGUUGCGCUUCGACCUGUACCCACUUGUCCCCUUCCACCACAAUGCUUCCCUCAAGUGCCCGGUUUUCACUGGCCUCUUCUCGCUCCACAAGUUCGUCCACCUCCAUCACCCACUCUUCCAGCUCCACCACAAGAACAAGCUCAAGAAAAUGGGAAAUGGAGCAGUCCAUCAUCCGUUGAAUCAAAUGGGAAUAAGACUGAGAGCUCAACAGCCGACUCAAACCCGAUCGACCCAGUCGGAAUCGACGCAUCUGAAGCCUCGUCCACCUCAUCGACAUCCACUCAGGCAAUGAUGCAGUCUCCCGUUCAACCAACACCACAACCGGCCUUCUCUUUUGUUUCCAAAGAGAUACAGAACAACUUUGGUCUCCUCUUUUCGCAAGAUUCCGUCAAACCGCCACCAUUCUAUUCAUUGGCAAAUAAGGGGAAUAUUCCUGUCGCCACUCUGCCGAUGAAUGGAACAAGCUCGUGCGAGAGAAGAGCCAGGAAGCAGGUGAACGACGAUUUCACGAAACUCAUUCAACAAUAUGAGUUGAGUGGAAAGAACGUUAAAGAGACUGACAUCCCGGUGCCUGAUGCAAUCAAAUGUGAUCCGACCUUUCGUCCAGUGUCUGAGCAACAAAUCAUCACGCAAAUCACUCAAUCGAAACGUUUUGAUGAGAUGGAUUUGGGCGAAUGCAUGUCGAACUUGUGCAAAAAACUCGCUGAGAAACGUGUCUUUGGCUCGAAAUUGAUGUCACUCACGACUGUUGCCGGCCCCAAUCACUCCAACUACAAUAAUUUGCCGAUUGAGGGACUUGUUUACAUAAAAGAUGUUUGCCGCAAAGUGUUUGGAGACAAAGUGCAUUCGGAUAUCGAGUUUUGGGAUCAUUUCAGAAAUGCGAUGAAGAAGUUGGCCGCUAGAUGUCGUCGAGUACGUCACGCGAAAAAGACGAAGUCGAUUCGUGAAGAGGCUGUACAAUUAGCCACCUCACAAGCUAGGAUGAACGCCGAAGCUGUCACCACACAGCCGAAUGCUUUCCUCGCUGCAGCGGCUGCUGUUGCUGUCACUACAGCCUUCGGGAACAAUCUCCAGCAAGCUCUCAACGCGGCGAUCAAAUCCGAGCAAGAUGAGAAGAAAGCCGAAGCAGCUGAGACUCUCGCAUCGUUGAAUGGCCUCACUCCCGGCGCUUUAUCCACUCUGAAUCUUGCCGCACUUUCAUCAAUCAGCAAUUCAGAGAAUGGUUCUGCCCAAUCAGCUCUCGCUCGUCUUUUCCCCGAACUCGCCCAAAACACUUUCAAAGCCGAAGAAAUUAAGCCGGCUUUU